AUGACAUCAUCAAUGCAUAUAUCUUCUACUGCGGCUUCCUCCGUGGGUAAUGCGAUGUUGGAAGUGGAACGAAGUUUUCUUCGGCAUGUGAUUCCACUGCGCGUACAAGGUGCGGGUUCCAUGGCAACACUUUACCGCCAUGCAUUUAUUCAUCAAGAACAUCUUAUUCAUCGUUUAUUAAGAGCACUUGAAACUGUUCCAUUACCCGCACUUCCACGUAUGCUUCUCGCAGAGGGCUUUCAACGUAUGUUGGAAGGACAAACCCCACAACGUGAUAUUCGAGCUCUCUUUGAAGAGGCAGAAAAUGAGGCACGUCGUGUACUGAUUCAGGCUGAAUUUCAUUCAGAUAAUUGUCAACAUCAAGAGGAAGGUUAUCUCUACACAGCUAUUAAAAGAGACCCAUUGAUGCGAUUACUUGCAUAUGAAUUACGAGCCGCAUGUGGAUAUUAUGCUCAACUAAUGGCUAUUUCAAGCCAACCAGAAGAAGGAGCCGCCGCACUUCUUCGAACACUUAUCGCUUCUGAUGUCCGUACGGAUCCGUUAUUAGUGGAUGUGAUGUUAAGAUUUGAGGCAUUACAUCGAAAUGAGGAAACAGGUGAGCGACUGGAGUCGUGUGAUUCACCUGUUGAAGAAUUUGUAAAGGAGUGUUUACUUUUAGAACGUGAUGCUUUUGGGGUUUUUCGCUUUGAUGCCCGUGGUGAUAAUCGACAUCUUGUACAUUGUAUAAAACUAGGUGAUAUUGGCAAAACUCCCAGAUCCUUUGCGGUAACGAUUGAUCCUAUUUUACAGCAGCAUGGAAACUUUAUUCUUGAACGCACGCCUGUACAUCAGGGACGUUGGGUGGAACAUCGUUUGUCGUGUGCCCCCGAGUCCCAUCGUGUGGAUAGUCGAUUACCGUCAUUAGAAACCCUUAGUGUGACUCUCAACUCCACGGAGACUACUACUACUACUACUAGUUCUACUCAUAAUAGUAAUAAUAAUAAUAAUAAUAGUACUAUUAGUGGGGAGGAACCGCUUUCGCUUCUUGUGCGGUAUGAUGAGCCAUUGUGUCGCCGCCACAAAGAAACAACACGCGAAAAGGAUGCGGCGAUUCAUCACAUUGAAGUGUUUGAACUCGCUGCUCGGGAUACAAGUCGUGGUUUUUGGGAAAAGUGGUUUCUUGAUCGCUAA